ACAAAAACGCCCUCUCCUUGUACUGCAUUACUCCUUGCUGUUUGUUUCCCUCUCCCCCAAAAAGAAAAAAAGCCAUCGAUAAACAGUUUGAAGAGUGUGCUAUUUACAUGGAGGAUUACACAAAAAAAAUUCUUUUCCCAAAGAAAAGAGUAUAUAAGGACGACAUUUCCUUGACCCCUCGACUUCUUUAUAACCGCCUUCCUCCUUUCUUUUUUUGAAUCUUGAUUCAUUUUUCAAGUUCAGAAAAAAUACCAUUCCACGCAACGCAAACACAAACAAACGAUAACUUUAUAACGACCUUUUUUACGACUUAAGAAAAAAAAUAUAAUCCUUUCUGUAACGACCCCAGAAAAAAACACUCCUACGAAACACACAAAAAAACAUAUCUUAUACUCUCUUCCAAAAACACUCUAUAAACCCCUUUUCUUACAUUUUAUCGAACAACUAUCAGAAAAUCAACAUGCCAGUUAAAGCCGGAAUUAACGGAUUUGGUCGUAUCGGCCGUAUUGUAUUGCGAGCUUCGCUCUUGAACCCCGAGAUCCAGGUCGUUGCGGUAAACGACCCUUUUAUCGAUCUGGACUAUAUGGUGUAUAUGUUUAAAUAUGAUUCGACGCACGGCCGUUUCAAAGGAACGGUUGAAAAGAAGGACGGCAAGCUUGUCGUUGACGGCCACGAGAUUGCUGUUUACUCUGAACGCGACCCAGGCGCCAUCCCAUGGAAGGACACCGGGGCCGAUUACGUGGUCGAGUCCACAGGCGUCUUCACGACAAAAGAGAAAGCCGGCGCACAUCUCCAGGGCGGGGCCAAAAAGGUUAUCAUUUCGGCGCCAUCCUCGGAUGCUCCCAUGUUUGUCGUCGGCGUGAACCUCGACAGCUACUCUCCGGACAUGCAAGUCAUCUCCAAUGCCUCCUGUACUACCAACUGCCUUGCUCCACUCGCCAAGGUUGUCGACGACAACUUUAAGAUCGUCGAAGGCCUCAUGACGACUGUCCAUGCUACGACAGCAACACAGAAGACAGUGGAUGGACCAUCGGGCAAAGACUGGCGUGCAGGCAGAGGGGCCGGGGCGAACAUUAUACCGGCGUCUACGGGCGCAGCAAAGGCUGUUGGCAAGGUAAUUCCUCAUCUGAAUGGCAAGCUUACGGGUAUGUCGUUCCGGGUUCCUAAUCCGGAUGUGUCCGUCGUGGAUCUGACCGUACGAAUAGAACAGGCUGCAUCGUAUGAGGACAUCAAACAAGCCAUCAAGACUGCUUCCGAGGGCCCACUGAAAGGAAUUCUCGGCUACACGGAGGACGAGGUGGUCUCGACCGAUUUCCUCGGUGACCCACACUCCAGUAUAUUCGACGCCAAGGCCGGUAUCUCGCUCAACCCUCAUUUCGUCAAGCUGAUCUCUUGGUACGACAAUGAGUACGGCUACUCCACUCGUGUUGUCGACCUCUUGGUGCACGUUGCCAAGGCGGACGGCAGCUUGUAAAUCUUCUACUACUUUCUUAAUAUUUUUCAUUUUUCUUCUAAUCACAUCACUUCUCUCAUUAAACUUCCACUCCAAAACCUAUUACUUCUCCCUCUCUCAUCCUCUCUCAUCCUCUCUCCCUCGACUCUAUCACCUCCUAGUCCAUCUCUUUUUCUCCCUCUUUGAACACUCUUCCUCUCUCUCGAAUUCUCUUGCAACUAUUUCAUAUAUGUCCAUCAUCUGCACAUCCUUUCUCUCUUAAAAAAAAAGGAUACUUGUUAAUUUUAUGUUGUAGAUUAUUAUCACGCAUAUUCCAUGCCCUGUCUAUUUCUUUCUUAUUCACCCACUCUCCCCAUUAUCAUCUUUACAUAUUUUUUGUUCUAUGAGCAACAUUUUUUUGUAUAUGCAUUUUUUCCCUCUCAGUUAUCUAGUCAACCCCAGCGUGUAACUUUUAUACACUAUGUUUAUAAACAUACUAAAAAGCUAUUAACUUCAUGA